ACUGCACACAGUAAAUCCAGAGCCUGCAGUGUCCGAUCGCGCCAACCCCCCAAAAAGAUCUACAAGAUGCACGAGUAAACUCUCAUCUUCCACAGAAGACUCCAUCAUCAUUGGGUGGGGCAGAGCGCUUGCACCGGACAAGUGAGCAAGGGGUCAAAAUCUCUAAGUGGGAGAGGAGGGAGGGAGGUGGGGGUGGGGGGUCGUAAUCACCUGCAGCAGAGCCUCAGCUGGCCCCGAGCUUGAAGAGGAGGCAGAAGAGUUGCUGUCCGGCGGAGAAGGAGCGGAGAAAAGUGACUGGAAUGAUAAGAUGAGAAGUAGGCCUGCACCGCUGAAGCUUUCCCUAAAUGAGGCCCUUCUGGAAGUUGCUCUGGUGUUAAUGCUGGGGCUGCACGUGCUGGCCGUGUGUCCCUCCAUGUGCUCCUGCACCCACAGCCACAGAGAGGUGGACUGCUCCUGGAGGGGUUUGAGGCAGCUGCCUGAUGGGCUGCAGCACAACAUCCGCGCCCUCGUCCUCUCCCACAACCAAUUUCACAACCUGGACGGAAAGUUAAUGGAGUACACCCACCUCCGCCGGCUGGAUCUGUCCCACAACCGGCUGAGCCGGCUGCCCGGAGACUUGCCGCGCUCUCUGUGGCAGCUCUCCGCCGCCUCCAACCGCAUCCUGCUGCUGGACAAGAAUGACACGGCCUUCCAGUGGAACCUGAAGACGCUUGACCUCUCCAACAACAAGCUGCAGAGGGCCAUCUUCAUCAAUAACACCCUGAUCAACCUGUGCAAACUGAACCUGAGCAACAACCACUUCUGGACGUUGCCCACCAACUUGCCCUCUCACUUGGAGACCAUUGACAUGUCCCACAACCUGCUGGUGAAAGUGCUGCCGGGUUCUCUGGACCGACUCCCUAAGGUGACCCACUUUUACCUACACGCCAACCGUUUCUCCUCACUGCCGUUUGGAGUCUUGGACAGGAUGCGAUCACUCCGGAUUCUCACUUUAGGGAACAACCCUUGGGCCUGUCACCUUUCCGCUGACAUAGACUACUUGCUCGCCUGGACUCAGCGCACCCCCGCCCGUGUCCUCGGCUGCCCCUGCCACACCCAGCCGGUCUGCGGAGGAGUCCAUCCCAACAGAACCAGAGGAUGGCACUAUGCUUCCUACAGCGACCCGCCUCUGGCUGCCAGUGACCCGGUUCUCAGCCCCCUGUCCCCUGAAUCCGAUGUCACUCCAUGGUGGUACUUGUCUGCUUCAGCUCUCCUCAGCACGCCUCCACCACCUCAAAAGACCCUAAAUUCAGAGCAGUCCGUCUUCACAGUCACACCCAGCAGCAGCUCCGCCUUCACUAAAGGCCUCCACCGAACAAUUAAUCACCCGGCUGUGACCGGCAGCCCACAUGCCAUUGACCAUCUCAUCCCAGGAGCAGAGGAAGCCUCACCCUCUGACUCAUCCUAUUUCUCUGACAAAAGUCUCAUUACUGACACAUCUGAGGGUGACGGCGCAACGCUGGCCACCAAUCGAUUCUUCACCACAGAGAGCUCCUCCACCCAGACCAAGAGGACAACCACUCUUCGCACUAGAAGCGUGAGGAGGCACAAUCAGUCACUUCCUGGCAGCACCAGGAACAGCAGCCCAGCUCUGACUGUCCACUCACUGGUGCUUCUGUUGCUCACCGUGCCUGGAGUCCUCUGAAAGACAGAAACUGUGAGUUUUUAGCCAAAUAAAGAAAAAGAAGCAGUUUUCUAAAAAGUUCAGACAACAUGUGAUGCCAGCAAAAGUAGGAGGACAGCAGCACGGUUCUUCCUGCACCCACAUCUGUGCCUUUCAUGUCACCACUGAUGCAAGCACACUCACAGACCUUCCUCAAACUUCCCUAAAUACGUCUUAGACACAACAAACAUUGCAUCCCGUUACGUCAUGAGGCAGAGGCUUUUAUCCAAAACCAUUUUCCAAGUGAGGAAAUCAAACAGUCGAUAAGCGCGUCGCAGGAGACGGGAGGUGGGUUCAGCUUUUAGCCUAAAGGACUCGAACACGAGGCAGCGAUCAGGAUUAACCAGCUGGAAGAGUAAACAACCCCCUCCUCACAAACACUUAUCCAGUUCAGCUCAUCUUCGUCAUCUUCCGCUAUCCUCAGCCUUAAGAAGUCGCUUGUGUUUUUUGGGAAUUUGUACAGUUUGAAAAAUAAAAGAAAAAUGUUGUAAAUUAAUUUAAAACUGUUGCUAAUUUUACAUUUUAUGUCUUCAACUAAAUCCUAAACUGUCCCUAAAUGAUGGUGCUUAGUGUUUAUUCUCAUCAUUCUGACAAAUUAAAGACAUAAAUGAACAGAAAACGAUUUUCAGCACAAUAACUGUUCUAGUUUGACCUUCUGCACGUGCUACCCCAACCCUAACCCGUACAAACCCUGGUCUUCUGCAAGCCUCGCUGUGUGAAACAGAACAAAUGUAAUGAGGACAGUUAUGCACAUGAUGGCACUGUACAUUCAGCUAACUUGUUAUGUAACUGGAUGCCUGCAGCUCCUCAAAGCCUGACCAAGGUGAUUUUUAUUACCCCUCAUUCUACUCUACCUACUCUUUAUUUAUCUAAAUGUCACUGAUUUGAUGUGAUGGAUGAUUUGAAUUGUAUCCAAGUUUGUUUCCACCAUUUUUUUCCCUUAAAAAUGAUAAGAAAUGCAAUUUUUUGUUUGCUAAUUUUGAUAUUUUCAGCAAAUAUUCUUGAUCCCUGCCUGUUUCUUUGAUAUUUCUUUGGAGGAAGUUGUUUAUCUCUCGAGACAGGAUGUACAGCUUCGUUAUGACACGAGCACAACGUGAAGCAACGACGGCUUUGUCGAGCAAAGGGCGAACAAACGGACAAUGCUUCAUCACUUUAUAGAACAAACUCCAAGUGCCGAGUGCCCCCCCCCCCUUCUGUAUUUUGAUCACAUCUCAGACUUAAGUGUCCUUCAUGACUCACUGACGCUCGUGAAAAUGAUCUGCAUGGCGACGGAACGUUCCAGGAAUGCAAACCUUCGGCUGUCUAGCUGCAGAGCAUUAAAGCACAUGCAUUUACAUGUUCUGCUCUUUUUAAUUUGCAAAAAAAAUAAAAUUUUAACUAUUCAA